CAAAUUACGGAUAUAUUUAUAUAGGAUGGGCCUUUGGUUAUGAGUACAGCCAAAAUAAGUAUUAUAUUCUAACGUAAAUAUAACAUUUAUAAACAAAUUUCGUGAAAAACCACUAAAAAAGGCAAUUCGUACUUAAUUUUAAACUACUAAAAAAAUGUAUAAUCGUAAAAUCAUUUAAAAUGAUCUAAAAUAUAGGUUUAACAAUAUAUGGGACAAUUAAAGCCACUCCGGCGACUGCGUAGACAUGUCCGGGCUGUGCGUGACCUGGCGAAUGGAUCGGCCAAAACGGAAAUGCACAAAAACAAACGCCAUGGAGGUAACCGCUGGCAACAAUGGCACCAAACAGUCGUUUCACAAUAUUGAUAAAGCUCCUUUUUCCACUAUUUUUCACACAUUCCGCCCGCCAGCAUGAGUACGCACUCGGGUCGCGCGUAUCUGAAUUCAUGUCUCAAAGUGCCCAUAGAUCCAUGCAACAACUGUCCGGCUCCGGUCUACAAUCGUCCCAAGCUGUGUCUGGGCAAGAAGCAGACGGGCAAGACGGGGCGCGCCAAAGGCACCGACUCUAUGGAGGCGGAGACACCUGGAUGGACAACCCAGACAGGGAUUCGAUCGCUGGCCAAGUUUUACGACAGUAUACCUGACUACUGUGAUGUGAAGCACAUGCACCAGGAGGAGUUCUACUCGACACUGGAGAGCCUGCGAAGCACCAGCCGUGAGCUCAGAGCGCAACCCAGAGCCGAGCCCCCGGCCGAGCGUUGUGCCAGUGCCAGCAGCAGCUCCUUGGGAAAGUCAAAAAAACGCGCGGGAAAGGGGAAAAAGAAGAGACUUCCGUUGGUGCUGGAUCCAGCUCCCGCCUCAGUGCCACCCACCCCAACACCACUGAGAGCUACAGCACAUAGCCAUGCCAAUCGCUGCUCCACGCCCGCAGUAGUCAUCACUCCCAUCUCCAGUUGCCUAAGCGAGGAGUACGACAAGUGCCUGAGGGAUCUGAGUCGCCUGAAGAGCUUCAAGGAGGACUAUGCCGUGGAAGUGGCCGACUUCAAGCGUUCCCUGAAGAGCUUCGAGGAGGAGUUCAAGCGGCCGAAGACCACCAGCAGCAGUGGCACACAGACGGCACAAAAGCCUCAUCCAACGGGUCCGCCCGGAAGCCACACGGCUGAGCGAGCCAAGUGCCGCCGGGAGAUGCUGCGCCGAUGCUUCAGCGUCAACGAUCUGGGCGGGAUUGCCCCGCACUCGAGUUUCACGCCACCUAGAACUGGCCAGCCAAAACUGAGCAAGUAUUUCCUUCCGAAGAAGGAGGGGGAGGAGGAGGUGGUUCCCAAGAUUCAGAUAGAGUCGCCAUCCGUGUCUUCCAAGCGCAGCAGCAGUGCCUCCACAACUGGGCGAGGGCGCGGACGUCGUGGCAGGGGACGCAAGCCAAAGAUUACAGCGAUGCAGUCAGAACCGGAGGAAAAGUGUCGGCCACCUUUGAGAAUCUUCGAGCUGGAGGAGGAUAUGCCAAAGCGGACGCCCAGCGUGUCCCCCCUUCAUCCGGUGGCGCGUCCCAAUCUGGCAGCCACUCUGCGCGCCGAAGUGUCCCGGAAGAAGGUCAAGGAGCUGAAGAACAACUGCACCUACCACGAUCCCAGGCCACAUUUCGAUUGGGAGGUUCGCAAGACGCCCGCCUGGAAGUCCUUGUCGCUCAAUGAAUCCCAUAAAGCCCUGCUAUCCAUCCGAUUGGCCACGCGGAAGGCGGAGCAGGCCCUGCAGGAGCGUCAGUACGAUCUGCACAUGACCAUGAUGCGGCAGCGGGUCAAGUCCGCACCCUUGCUGCUGGAGGGACCCACCUUCUGGGGCCCGGAGGUAGGCAAGCUGAGCCACACCUGCCAGAGCGAGGGCAGGCGACACGCGUGCGAGAGCAGCAAGCAGCGCAGAAAGAAGUCUAGCUGCCCGGCCGGGGACGCUGAUGGCAAGAUACAGCAGCUGCGUAAGAUCUAUGGAUCGGAGAAGUCCUGUUCGCGCCAGUCGCAGCGUAGCAAGCGAUCCGCACGUCGACCCAGGGACCAGGAGACACCCAGUCACGACAGCGGCGAUGAUUUGUGCAGCGUGGACCGCGCCUUCCUCUAGAGAAGCACUUAAUUCUGAAGCACCUAGCCACAAUACAUGUAUACUUUUUUGGAUGAUCCCAUUGGCAGCAAUUUAUUCGGGCAGUUGCAAGGUGUGGAGCGAGGAGAAGUCUGCAAUCAGCUCGUUGCUGUACUUCUGGUCAUCGGUCAGGGGAGUGUUGCCUGGACGCUGGAGAAUAAUAGUCUGUAGACCAGCGGAACGAGCAGCGGCAGCUUCUGCAAGGGAAAGAACACUAUUAAAUGAAUGUAUUCUGGCAGCCAUCCGGCACUUACCUCCAGGAAUAUCCGUGAGGAAGAGAAUGUGACUUGGAUCUUCACCCAAAGACUUGGCGAUGUUUGCAUACGAUUGGGACUCCUGUUUAUGGCCUACAUGGGUGUCGAAGUGUGCGCUGAGAUGGGUCAACAGGUCCCCCACAAUGCUGUACCUGAAGAUAAGCUUCUGGGCGGCCACACUGCCGCUGGAGUAGACGGCAAUCCGAAGGCCUGCCUCACGCCAAGCUUCAAAGGCCCCAGG